AAGAAGAAAAAAGAUAGAACCGGUUGAAAAAGACGUUCGAGGUGGAAGAAAGGAAAAGGAGUAGGAGGAGAAGGAGGAAGAAGAGGUGGAGGAGAGUAUGGAGGAAGAGGAGUGAAGGGGAAAGAAAGAAGAAGGAUCGAAAGGUUGAGUGACCCUGAAAGGGGUAGGAGAGAAGGUGAAGAAGAAGAAGAAGAAGAAGAAGAGGAAAAGGUGGUUGUGGUAGUGGUAGUAGUGUUGGUGGUUUUGGUGGUGGUGGUGGUGGUGGUGAAGGUGAAGGGGGGAAGAAGGGAAAAGGUGAAAGAGGAGAUGAGCUCGGUGGGUGACUCCACAAGUGCGGUGCUCGGCUGUUCGACGAAAAGCACCAGAUAGCGCCAUUAAAAGAAAACACGAACGAAUAAUACGAAGAAGUGGAAGAAUAGUUGCCGGGGGACGAGAAAAACGUGCGAUGCCGAGCAGCCGUUGUUCCGCCCAGGAAGAAGGGGAAGAGGAAGAGGAGGGAGAGGAUAAGGCCCAUCACAGGCCCCGUCGUCGUCGUAGACGAAGAAGACGAAGAUCUUACUGCUACCUACUCUUUACUUUUCCUCUAGCAUUCCUACUAUCGUCUCUUCCAAUCACCGAUGGUUGGCCGUUUCAUCCUCUGCCGACUCACAAAGGGAUAACACGUAGAUCAUACAUCAGAUAUUAUGAGCCAGCAUCUUAUGACACGGUAUCCUUGAAACGUCAUCGUGACAGGACACGUCGUGACAUCUCCGAUUCUAACGAAAAUCAACCACUCAUUUUACGCUUGAAAGCAUUGGAUAGAUUGUGGACAAUACGAUUGAUUCGCGAUGACAACAUCUUCAGUAAAGACGUAACAUUUGAAGGUACUCAUGGAUCUAUACCAUUCGACAUUUCUCAUUCAUACGCUGGCACAGUUCUUGAAGAUGAAAAUGCAGUGGUACAAGGUGUGGUGACAACCGAUGGAUUAUUCGAUGGUACCAUCGCAACCAAAUUCGAAGAGUUUUAUAUCGAACCAACUUCGAGAUACUUGGAUAAGGACGAAGACACGUCUCCAACUUAUCAUAGCAUCGCAUAUCGUACAUCAGAUGUUACCGUACCACCACAUCCGUUACCAUGUGCGAGUCAUCAAUUACACGAAGGCACUCUUCAGGACACCUUUGAUAGAGGGAAGAUUAACAACAACGAUACUUCAGAAGGAUUUUACGAGCCCUUGUUGGAUAAUAAAAUUGGUCUCUACUCGAAAGAAACUAAUGGGAGAAUAUUGAAUUUAGAAGCGAAAAGCGAAGCUCGUUAUUACGACAGAUCCAACAGUGGAGAUCGAAUAGCCAGACAUUUACACAAACGUGCUACAGUAGAUCCACGUAAAACAACGUGCAUGCUUUACUUGCAAGCUGAUCAUCAAUUUUUUGCUAGAUAUGGCACGGAGGAAGCUUGCAUCGAAGUGAUGACGAGGCAUGUACAGAAGGUCAACUCAAUAUACAAACACACGGCACGAUCCGGAACAAUGCACACCAGGUGGGGAAGAUGGAAAUUUCAUAAUGUUCGCUCGUGCUACCAGCGGUGAUAAACGUAACAACAAUCGCUUCAGUCCUUGUAGUUUGAACGCAAUUAAUCCUGUACUCAACAGUAAAGCACGUUCACCAAAGGGAUGCUUUACAGAACCACAAGUAUCAUUGUGUGGAAACGGUGUAGUCGAGGAUGGCGAAGAAUGCGAUUGUGGAUGGGAAGAAGAUUGUCGAGAUACUUGUUGUUUCCCCCAACGUCGUUAUCCACCAAAAGAAGAGACACCCUGUACACUUACACCACGUUCAGUGUGCAGUCCUAGUCAGGGUCCAUGUUGUACCCCUGAUUGCAAUCUUAGGUUUGGGGAUAAGUGUAGGGAUGACAAUGGUUGUCGUGAUGCUAGUUUCUGCGACGGUAGAUCACCCUAUUGUCCUCCAUCAAUCAAUAAACCCAAUAAGACUAUUUGCAAUCGGGAAUUGGUUUGUUUCAUGGGCGAAUGUACCGGAAGCAUUUGUUUAGCAUAUGGAUUAGAAUCUUGUCAAUGUAUUCCUGGUCCUAAUGAUCCUACAACUAAAGCUUGUGAACUCUGUUGUCGAUUACCUGGUGAAAAUCAACCAUGUUUGUCAUCAUUCGAUUGGAAUUCACCGCCGUAUGAUAUUCCGGAUAUGUUCUCAAAACCUGGAACACCGUGUAAUGAUUAUAACGGUUACUGUGACGUCUUUCAAAAAUGUCGAGAAGUUGAUCCGAGUGGUCCAUUAGCAACAUUAAGAAAACUUUUAUUAUCCGAUGAAAGUCUUGCAACUGUUCGUCGUUGGGUAUCCGAUCAUUGGUACGCAACAGCUUUCAUCAUUUUAGGAGCAGUAUCAUUAUUGAUCGCCAGUAUGAGGUUCCUAGGCAAACGACCGGAUCAGAAGCUCAAAUCGGUGACAAUAAUCCACAGUUCGACAACGGAAACGGUACGGUUGCCGCCGGAAGGUGCGGAGGGAGUGACAGUUCAUCCGGCAGCCGUUCGUGCAAAGCUUCCAUUGAACAGGAAAGUGAGGGAGAAGAGAAGACACCGGAAGCAUAAGGACACGCAUGUUGCUCCUGCCGAUAAAUCAAACAAGGAUAUUCUAAAGAAAAAGAAGCCAAUUCAAACUCGGAGAUCUUCAACCGUGCCAUCGGAAGAAGUUGCUAGGAAACGAGUAACGGAAACGACAACAGCAGCAAAUACAGCUGCUGUUACCGUUACUGCAGCAACAGCAACGUCAGCAACAACUGCAACAGCAACAACAGCAGUAGCAGCAGCUGUAGCAACAGGCGUGGUGAUUCAAGACAACAGUAAACGUAAGAAAAUUUCUAACUCAAGGGAGAAACAAAAUUCGAAUAACAACGGUGCCGCCAAUAAUUCGGACGUUGACAAACGUAAUAAACGGAAGAAACAACAUAGGAAGGAAGUUAUUGAUUAUUCCUCAAUGCAAGCGGAAAAAGAAUCAGAACCGAAUGCAGAUCCCAAGAGUAAAGUACGAUCGUGGUUAUUAGCUUCGUCUCAGUGUAGACCGGAGAACUCAAGAACGUCCAGUGGUUUACCAAAAAGUAAAUCGACACCGGUUGGAUUGACGACUGGUGGUAACGUAAGUGGUGCUACGAGAUUAGCUCAAUCAAGGCAAAAUGGUGUACCAAGGCGACCACUGGACUCUAGAGAGGUCAAAAGUUCGCCAGGUACUUUGGUUAGGAAGGAACGAGCUAGACUUCAAGUUGUCUAUAAACCCCCCUUCAAGUUCAGCGUAAAACUACGUAAGGCCGAUAAAGUAGCUCAAGUGCCAGCUCCUGCGCCAACUUCGGCCCACAAUAAUUUAACGAGGUCCACGAAAUUGCCGAGAACUGGAGUUUUACUUAAAACUAAGAGAAGGGACAGAGUUAGAAUUGGUAGAGCCAGACAGAUUGCACCUACUGGAAUUGGAAACGAUAGUGGAGAUUUACCGGAACCAACUAAUUCCGAUCUGCAUACGGUACCAUCAGAUUUGGAAGUUUUACUCUCUGAAAGUGAAUUUCUUUUUUCGAACACGUGACCCCACAAACUUAUGAUUAUUUCUAUCAAAGAGUUAACAUUAUUAGAAUACUUGCGUUAUAAUUAUCCAGCAGAUGAAUAUUUUCUUUUCUUUAAUACGUAAAAUUGAUUAACAAGAAGAAAUGCGCUUAGCUUUAUUUUACUUUUUUUAUUAUUAUUAAUAUUAUUUUUAUUUGUUCCCACUCUUUGUCUUCCGAGUUAGGAGUAAGUUUAAAAAAAAAAAAAAAAAGAACAUUUAAGUGUCCAUUGAAUGGAUAUUUAAAAGGUCGUGUUUUAAAGUGUUAGCAAAAGCUAUUAUUAAAAUAAUAUGAACUCUCUUGAGUGCAUAGAAGAAGACGUGAUAAUUUUGGUUGUUCUUCUCUAUUUAAUAGGAAUUUUCGCAAUCCUAUUUACUCUUGCUAAUCUGUUUAUAUAAAUAUUAGCAUUUAGAUCUUGAUAACAGUGUUAUAUAUAUAUAUAUAUAUAUAUAUAUAUAUAUAUAUAUGCCAAGCUAAAGUGAAACAAGAUUUCUUCUUUCGUAAAAAGGGGCCAAAUCUACCUUUAAAAAGACUAGAAGAAAUAUAUGUGUCAGCAGAGUGAACGAAAAGACAGAAAUAAAAAGAUAAGAAGAAAAAGAGGAUGAAAAUAAUAAACAUAAACUAAUGAAACAGAGUAAGAAGAAGAAGAAGAAGAAGAAGAAGAAAAAGCUGUAAAAGUGUGCCAGUGUUUGUUCAUUUGCAAUUUGCAUUUCAGAGAAAGAGAAAGAGAGUAUAUGGAAUAAAAAAAAACAAUCUCUCCUUUAUAAAUAAUAUA